GGGGAAAGGACGCGGAUCGAGUCGUCAGUAGGCUUACCGCCCUCGCACCUGUCCCGCGCUCUACCCACACCUGUCCGGCUCUCUACCCCCACCUGCCGGCCGACCAGAUGAAUUGCCAGACCAGGGAAGCCGUGGGUUCGCGGUUAGAGCUUCGCCUACCAUCUGAGGAUGAAUGAAGCCUCCUCCUCCACACACCUCGGUGCGGAAUGCCUCCAGUUCGUCCUCAGGUCUGCUGUCCUGACCAGGCGUUUUAACGGCCCUGCUCAUAAGUGGAGGAAACAAUCUGCCAAACAAAUGACAGCUGCAAAGUAGCGCCGAGGUGUUUUGCUUUAACUUGGAAUAGUGAACUGGUUUGAAACUGGCCAUGGCCACCAUCGGGGACUUCGACCCGCUCACCUCCACCGUGCCUGCCACCAAGAUAGAGAUCACCGUGUCGUGCAGGAACCUGCUGCACAUGGACACCUUCUCCAAGUCAGACCCAGUGGUGGUGCUCUACCUGCAGGGGCUGGGGACCAAGGAGUGGAGAGAGUUCGGUCGGACGGAGGUCAUUGACAACACGUUGAACCCAGACUUUGUGAGGAAGUUUGUGUUGGAUUUCUUCUUUGAAGAGAAACAAAAUCUACGCUUUGACGUGUACAACGUUGACACCAGAAGCUCCAACCUCUCCAAACAUGUUCCCCCGCUCUCCCCCCUCUCCGGCCAAACUGGCCCACAGUUGGCUGAACAGUGA